AUGGAGGAGGUGGCGGAGGAUCCGCGCAGCGCAGCGGGAGGCGCGCCAGCGGCGGGGAUGCUGCGCGAUGCGCGCACGCCGCCGAAAUCGUGGUCGGAGUUCGAGUCGCCGACGGCGCGGUGGGCGAAUCCGUUCGUGCUGCGCGUGGGGCAGGUGUUCACGGGCUUCGGCGUGGGAUGCGGCGUGGGUAUCGGCGUCGGGCGGCCCGUGAACCUGGGUAGGAGCACUGGGAUGGGCGCGCUGGGGUGGGCGCGCUGGGGUGGGCGCGCUGGGGUGGGCGCGCUGGGGUGGGCGCGCUGGGGUGGGCGCGCUGGGGUGGGCGCGCUGGGGUGGGCGCGCUGGGGUGGGCGCGCUGGGGUGGGCGCGCUGGAGUGGGCGCGCUGGAGUGGGCGCGCUGGGCGGACUGCAGUGGACGCACUUUUUGGGUCUCUGCCGUCUUUCUCUUUAGGGUCGCCCAAAACAACAAAUCUUUCUCUUCCCUCCCUCUCUUCCGUCUCUGGCGUUUCUGUGAUUUUUUCUCCCACCCCUAUCACCAGGUGCAUUGCCAGCAGCAGGGGAAGUGGCAUCGAUGGCGGGUGA